AUGGCAUCCCAAACGCAGACGGGUCAACGACCCAAGGUCCAGCCUUGCCGGUACAAGACUGGGAAAACGCUCGGAGCUGGCUCCUACUCAGUGGUGAAGGAAUGCGUACACAUCGAUACUGGUCGAUACUACGCAGCGAAAGUGAUCAAUAAGCGGUUAAUGGCCGGGCGUGAGCACAUGGUUAGGAAUGAGAUUGCGGUGCUGAAGAGAGUCUCCAUGGGCCAUCAGAACAUUCUGACUCUGGUUGAUUACUUUGAGACCAUGAACAAUCUAUACCUCGUCACAGAGCUUGCUCUGGGUGGAGAGCUGUUUGACCGCAUCUGUCGUAAAGGGAGCUAUUACGAGUCCGAUGCGGCCGACCUCAUCCGUGCGGUCCUCUCCGCGGUGGCUUAUUUGCAUGAUCAUGGCAUUGUGCAUCGUGAUUUGAAACCUGAGAACCUGCUGUUCCGGACACCGGAGGACAAUGCGGAUCUCUUGAUUGCGGACUUUGGCCUGUCCAGGAUCAUGGACGAGGAGCAGUUCCAUGUCCUCACCACGACAUGUGGCACGCCAGGUUAUAUGGCUCCGGAGAUCUUCAAGAAGAGUGGACAUGGAAAGCCAGUGGAUAUCUGGGCCAUCGGUGUCAUCACUUACUUCCUACUCUGCGGCUACACUCCCUUCGAUCGUGACUCCAACCUGGAAGAGAUGCAGGCCAUCCUUGCAGCCGACUACUCUUUCACGCCUCUCGAGUACUGGCGUGGUGUUUCCCAAUCAGCCCGGGACUUCAUCAAGGGUUGUCUGACAGUCGAUCCCAAGGCCCGAAUGACCGCCCAUGAAGCCCUCCAGCAUCCCUGGAUCAACCCGCCCUAUGAUCUCAACAACGAAGGUGUCUCGGGCGAGGACUUGUUGCCGACAGUCAAGAAAAACUUCAAUGCUCGUCGGACACUGCACAAAGCCAUCGAUACCGUUCGUGCCAUCAACAAGCUCCGCGAGGGAGGAGGGCUCAUGAUGGAUGGUGUGAUGAGCCUUGAUCCCAAGCCGGAGCAUGUCAAUGGUAGUGAGGUUACCGAGGAGCAACAUGAUGGGCGGAUGGAGAUUGACAGCCGCGGUGACGCACGUGGGCAAACUGAGGAGCAGAUUCGGGAGCAGGAGCGAAGGGUCAAGGAAACUGUGGCUGGGUUGUGGAGUAGGUCCGUGAGGAAAUGA